CGCCGCUGGCUAUCCAGAGAUUUCCUUUCAACUAAGCCUGGGUUUCAAGUUUCAGCUCCUCCUUCCCUUCCAGCCUGCUGAGGGAGACGCCCUCCAGAAGCAUCCAAAAUGGAGCCUCUGGUCCCUCACCCAUUAAAAUGUUCCGGGCCCAAAGCUAAGAUGUUUGCGGUCUUGUUAUCUAUGAUUCUCUGCACAGUGAUGUUAUUUCUCCUGCAACUAAAAUUCCUAAAACCUAAAAUGAACAGUUUUUACGCCUUUGAAGUGAAGGAUGCCAAAGGAAGAACGGUCUCUCUGGAAAAGUUUAAAGGCAAAGAGGUUUCCCUAGUUGUCAACGUGGCCAGUGACUGCCAGCUCACAGACAGGAACUACUUGGCGCUGAAGGAGCUGCACAGAGAGUUUGGGCCCUAUCACUUCAGCGUCCUGGCUUUCCCGUGCAAUCAGUUUGGACAAGCAGAGCCCCGCCAGAGCCAAGAAGUGGAAUCUUUGGCCAGAAAAAACUAUGGAGUAACAUUCCCCAUCUUCCACAAGAUCAAGAUUCUAGGACCUGAAGCAGAGCCUGCAUUCAGAUUUCUUGUUGAUUCUUCAAAGAAGGAACCAAAGUGGAAUUUCUGGAAGUAUCUGGUCAACCCUGAGGGUCAAGUUGUGAAGUUCUGGAGGCCAGAAGAGCCGGUGGAUGCCAUCAAGCCUCACAUAUCACAAAUGAUUGGGCAAAUCAUAAUAAAAAAGAAAGAGGAUCUGUGAAGAUGCCACAGGGAAGGCAGUCCUCUCCAGAGGCUUUGUCCUCAGAUUGAAUGCUUUGACAAGUAAACGUAGCACUGGAGAAUGACUUGGGUUUUUUUAUAUGCUAUCUUACUAGUCAAGAGUAAUGAAUGUGUCAGGAGGAAGAUGUUACCCAAGACAAAAAAUUAAAAAAUAGUAGCCAAAGAAUCAAAAUGCAGUACAUUACAUCCAUCUGACUGUAUUGAAAAAUUUCAGGUACAUAGUCACUAAUGUGCUACAACAUACUGUUAUUCCAAUUGGUCUUUUCUUCACUUGUACUUUAUAGAGAAGCUAGCACCCAAACACCACUGUGUGGAUACAAGAAUACUUUGUGAGACAGGAAUUUUUAAUAACUUACUACAAAUGGCUACAUUGAUGUAAUAAAAUAUGUUGAAAAAUGUAGAAUGCAUAGUUUCAAAUACUGCCAUGUUUGUUUCAUACACAGGACUUUGUUGGCUUUUUUUUUUCUUUUCUGAAGAAUAGGUCUCUACUGAUUUACUCUAUCUUGCUAAACAGUAAUUCACAAAUGGUAUAAUAUUUCAAAAAGGCUAUGUGCCAGAGGCUCACUCCUAUAAUCCUCGCUACUCAGGAGGCUGAGAUCUGAGCAUCAGAGUUCAAAGCCAGCCUGGACAGGAAAGUCCAUGAGACUCAUCUCCAAUUA